CGCUGUCUCAGGUCUCAGUCGGGCCGCGGCCUCCGCACGAGUAGACCGCACGCUACGCGCUCGCACGCCUCGCGCACGCGCCGUGCGACGAUCGCGAACCACCCAGCAAAACAUUACAAAAAUCGCACCACCCGCUUUACAGACGAAAAGUGACAGUGACGUUUCGGGGGGAACCGGUGACAGACGCGAAUGUUGUGAUCGAAAAUAUUUGUUUGUAAAAAAUUUCAGUGUUGUGAUAAAAACGGAGGAUUCGUGUGACGAUCGAUCGUGUUCAGUGCAGUGUGAUCGGAAGUAUGGAUGGUCUGUCGGGUGGUUAGCGCGAUGAUGCGCAAGACUGGCGCGGCCGGCGGGCCGGAGCUGGCGCUGGACGCCGCGGACUGCAUGAGCCUGCAGCAGAUCCUGCAGGCCUUCAACUCCACCAUCAGCGAGGAGCACGCCUGGGCGCUGUUCCACCAGGCGGCGCGCUGCUUCCAGAAGUGCCUGUCCGAGGGCGCCACCUGUUACGCGGCCACGGAGCCGCGCCACGUCGUGCUGCACAAGGACGGCAGCGUCCACCCGAGCACGCUGCUGCAUCCAGGAGAUGAUAGCAGCAGAGAAGAAGUAACUUCGGAGCAACAGGUACGUAAUGCAAACUUCUUCGUUUUUGAUGCUGGUGUUCAAGAUGUCAAUGUGAAAAAGAAGAAUAAGAUAAAGACUAAAAAUAUCGGUUUCGGAAACGUGAUCCUACAGAAUGCGAAAUGUAUUUUAUUGGACAUUGAACUCGACGCAUAA